UUGAAAUAUAAUAAAUAUCAGUGAAAUUUAAAUAUUUCUUAUUUGGAUUUUAUGGCUCAUCGUCUAAUAAGUGAAAAUGGUUGAAAAGGAAUAUACAAAAAUUCCUACUAAGGAAUUCGAAAGUGGUUUCGAAAAGAAACCAGACCCGCCUAAAUAUGGAUUCGGAGUAAGACACGUGCAAGCAUUAAUCAUUUUCACAGCAUAUGCCAUCGGUUACAUAGCAAGAAGCCACCUUGGUGUCACUAUAGUAGCCAUGACGAAUGAUGCCGAUUCUUCUACAAAAUUAGCACUUAAAUCUACACUAAAUAACACUGAUAUUACUGAAUUAAUAAAUAGUACAAUAGUAAAUGAAAUAGAUGCAGCCAACGAUAGUGUAACUAAUGUUAGCGUUAGUGAUGACAGCAUUUGGAAUAUUUAUCAGCAAUACCACUGGUCGAAGCCAACCCAGGAAAUGGUCCUCAGCUCGUUUUUCGUUGGAUACGCCAUCAUGACGUUCCUCAGUGGUCCCAUCUGCCAGCGAUGGGGUGGGAAGAUCCAACUCCAAAUUGCCAUGCUCGUUAAUGGGAUUGUGUCUAUUCUGUCACCGUGGGUCGUGGCGUGGGGUGGUUGGAAGGCUCUCUGCUUCUGUCGUAUAUUGCAAGGAUUAUCUCAAGGGGGAUUGCUUCCGAGCUUACAUACAAUAUUGGCAAAUUGGGUGCCUCUGAGUGAACGAGGAACGCUCAGUAGCUACGUCUUUACAGGUUCAGGCUUCGGUACAGUUGUAGGUUUCCAAUUCAGUGGUGUCCUUGCCACCAGCAGUCUGGGCUGGCCAUCGCCGUUCUGGGGGGUUGGCAUCUUUUGCCUGGUUGGUUUUGUCCUGGUCACCGUAUUUGGUGCUGCCACACCAGAUGAUCAUAAGACGAUAUCACAGGCUGAAAAAGAUUAUAUUAUUGGAGCUUCUGGGGAAGGAACACAUACGCAACCAAGAGUGCCAUGGAAAGCGAUCAUGACAUCAAAACACACAUGGGCAACGUUUAUCACGCACAUAAGUAGCGCUUCUACGUAUGUGUUCUUCUUUAUACAAGUACCCACAUAUUUGUAUGCGAUAUUGAAAGUGAAUAUUAAAAAUAGUGGUCUAUUCUCAUCUCUACCGUAUGUGUUCGCAUUUUUCUCUUGUAUCUUCUUUGGAUUUUUGAGUGACUUUUUAAUAAAUAGAAAUUUAAUAAGCAUGAGGAAUGCGAGACGAUUUUCAAAUAGUAUUGGUUCAGUGGUCCCAGCUAUAUGCCUAGGUCUAGUAUCAUAUACAACCAAUGUAACAGUUGCUGUUAUAUGCUUUGUGACCGCCGUGGGAAGCCAUGCUGCUGUACAUAGCGGUUGGGUGGUAAAUUACAUAGACCUGUCACCAAACUACAGUGGUGUUCUGAUGGCGAUAGGAAACGGGAUGGGCAACGGAUUCGUGUUGGUGCUAUCUACUUUUAUCUCCUUUAUAGUGAAAGAUGUGACAGACGCAGUUCAAUGGAGGAUGAUGAUGUUUAUCAUGGCCGGUUUCAACUUGCUUGGCAAUACGAUAUUUUUCUUAUUUUCAUCAACUGACGUACAGCCAUGGAAUGAUGACCAUAAUAAAGUUUCAAAUAAACCUAAAAUGCAAACUGCAAAAGAGGAACCGAAAUCAGUGCAAGAGAAAGGUGAAUUUAUAGUUGAGGACUCUAAAUUUAAAGUUUCAGAUUGGGGAUACAGGCAUAAGCAAUGCAUUCUACUUUUCUUGGCUUUAACAACUGCUUACAGCAUGAGGGCAUGUAUGGGCAUGGCUCUUGUGGUUAUGACAGACAUAGAACCUCCUAAUAUAUCUAAUUCUUCAGCUUCAAAACGAAGUAUUAAUGACAGUGUUGGUGCAAUAUUAAAUAUAAGUGACAUAGAUUCUACAAUUAAUGACACAAAUGUUGAAAAUGGUAAAGGAAAUGGCUUUUUGCAUAGUCUACUACUAAUACCACCAUACCCAACCUUCCAAUGGAACAAGAAGAUCCAGGACACCGUACAGUCCUCGUUCUUCUGGGGUUACAUGCUCACUCAGAUACCUGCUGGCACACUUGCUCAUCAUUUUGGCGCCAAAUAUUUGUUGACUGCAGCUUUAUUGAUAAAUGGUGUUAUAUCGUUUUGUUUGCCGUGGGCAGCGCUUUAUGGAGGAUGGGUCUUAACAGGAAUUUUUAGAUUUGUGCAAGGACUUAGCCAAGCCUGCAUAAUACCAGGAAUGCAUACAAUGUUCGGUAAAUGGGCGCCUCUUGAAGAGAGAGGAAGAAUGGCUGCUUUUGCUUAUGGCGGUCAAGCGCUGGGAGCAGUAUUAGGAUUCCCUGUUACCGGUUUUAUUUCAUCCACUUUUCUCGGUUGGCCUGGUAUUUUCCGUUUUUAUGGAUUGCUUGUGGGUUUGGUUGGAGGUUUGCUUUGGUGGCUCGGAGCUGAUAGUCCAGCUAAACAUAAAUAUAUAUCUGCUGCAGAGAGGCAUUAUAUAGAAACGUCUUUGGGCCAAGUUGGAGAUGCGGGAAAGAAAAAGCAAGCGGUUCCAUGGUCGAAGAUUCUACGCUGUCGUGGUCUUUAUGCGAUUAUGCUAGCCCAUAUUGGUCAGACUUGGUGUCAGUUAACACUUUUUACAGAAGUUCCGGCUUACAUGGACAAAGUUAUGGGAGUCAAUAUAAAAGCGAAUGGAUUACUCUCUGCUUUACCAUUCCUACUUAUGUGGUUCACCAACUUUUUCUUUAGCUGGUUGUCUGAUAUGCUUAUCGUCAAAAAAGUUUUUAGCGUUACUGUUGCCAGGAAAGUCGCUAAUUGUACAGGAGCAAUACCAGCGUCAAUAUGUUUUGUGUUAUUAGCGCAUUCUUCAAAGGACAUUUAUGCUGUAGAGGCGUUAUUGUGUAUCAUCUGCUCAUUCAAAAUUGCUUGCACAGUUGGAUUUCAAGUGAAUCAUAUUGAUAUAUCUCCCAACUUUUCGGGAACGAUGAUGGGCAUGACAAAUUUUGUUGCAAAUUUAUUUGGUUCAGUUGCACCGUUGGUAGCUGGCUUCAUCUUGACAGAUGUGACUGACGAAUAUUUAUGGAGAAAAGUAUUCUACCUGGCAGCGAUUAUUUAUUUUUCAACAAAUGCUGCUUACGUCAUCAUGGGCACUGGAGAACUCGCAGAAUGGAAUGAACCUGAGGAAGAAAAAGAUCUACCAGAAAUGGAAAGAAUGAUGAAGGAAAAGGAAUUAGAUAAGGAAUAGGUAGGAGUGUGCCUUAGGUACAUAGAACCGAAAGGGUAGAAGAGAUUCGAUUGCUUUGUUGGAUUUUGGGUAGACAACUUUUGCCACGGUUCUGCGAAACACAAAUUUGAAUCCGGCCUCGUGAUUGUUUUUUUUCUAUUCCUUAAUAAUUUCUGAAAUAGAUUGUUCUGUAUGAAAUAAAAUAUUUAUUGUUAGUAGUAGAUGUAUGUUUGUCUGUAAUGAUGUAAGAAUUAUAGAAACUUAGUUCUUGCUGUGAUAGUAGUGUUAGUACUAGAUUUUUAAUAAUACAAAUGUUCCUUAGAUUGCUCUGAAUAA